AUGCAAAAACAAAGGCAACUGAUCAAACAGUUCCCGUUGCCGAACGAGCUAAAGGAUGGCAUCGUGUAUCUCCAGCGGGCCCUACGGGAUUGUGUCCUACAGCACCAGAUUUUAGCUUCCAAAAUCAAUAUACUGCCCAUGCACCAGCGUGCGAAGGUUAAGGAGUACAUGCUGGAGCUGGAGGGUGAAAUGCUCUCGAUCGGCAAGGAACAGGAAGGCCUAGUGCGGCAUCUGUCCGCGAGGGUUAAGCGCUUUCAGCUGCACAUGCAAACGCGCAAAAUGAUCUCGAUUGCCGAUGAGCUGUUGUACGGGCAUGUGUCGAAUCAGCUGAAUACGCACCACGAGAUGGCCCACUUCAAGAUAUCGCCGAAGCACAUUUCACCACGUUUGAAUGCGAGCGAGUUGUCACAGAAGUACUGCUUGGAAGCCAUUCUCAUGCAUCACGGCACCGCGGUACAGGACGAACCGGAGGGAGGGUUGGAGGACGAGGCGGCCCAACCGGAACCGUGGACCGACGAACCAAAGCCGUCUAAAAAGAAGCUAAAAAAAGCCGUUACCAAAACGUAUCUCAAGUCGGCCAAUGUGACACCAACACCUUCGCCGGUUCACGCGUCCAGCGGUUCGCAACGAUCUCUACUGAAGGUGAAACAGGAGCGGCGGUCCGAAUCACCUUUGGUCGCCACUAAACGGUCCUUUGCGGGACUCACGGAACAGAAACCAACGCUCGGUGGCGCCGGCAAGCCAGCAAACGUGAAAGAGAAAGUAGAACCCGUCUCGCCGGAAAGGUCCUCGGAGGAAGACGAGUUGGAAGACGAAGAGGAAGAAGAUGAAGACGACCGGGAACAAUCGCAAAAGCAGUCCUCGUCCACCGCCCGGUCAACGGGUAGCGUUUGGGUGCCGGGGUUACGUGGGAGGCCUCCCAAAGGCGUGAAGUAUCGACCCGUGGCAAAGCAGGCCACGGUCGAGGCUCAACGUCAGCCAGAGCAGCCCGUACCAGUAGGAAAAUCGACGAUACAGAAAAGAGCCUCCAAGCGGAAGGACGUGCUAGAGGAGAAGAUCGAUCCGGAGCAAGAGGAUUCCGGUGAAGAGCAAGCAGCGGCACACUUACCGAUGUCCGCUGCUGUCCGGCGAUGUCGUAGCAACCUGUUGCAGGCUUUAAAACGACAGAAGCGCCUUUCAGGCAAGCCUAGUGUUGAGCAGGAGAAACAGCAAGCGGGCAGCACCGUUACAGGGGCUGGCUCAGGGAGGACCACUUCAAAACGAGCUGCUCCAUCCGGUAAGCUCGUUAAGCACGCUUCAUCCGGUUCAUCCGGUUCGUCACCAAAUUCGCGAUCCUCCACACCGACCUGGGGUUUGCGACCGGGUUCCGAGGAUCUCUCCGAUCAGCGCUCCUCGUCCGGGGAGUUCCCACCCCUGCCGGAUGCAGGCGAACCACCUGUACCCACCCCAUCCAGCAUCUACGAGUUGGAGCAACCGGUGUUUCUUCGGUUCUUUGGGUUGUUCACACCGGACGAGAUCAAGGCGGUGCGGGAGCGCAAACGUGAGCGAAAACGCCGCAGCUGCUACAGCACGGAACGGAAGGACUUUCACUACGGCAAGCUGGACUAUUGCGACCAGCAGCAGCAGUACCAGGCCGUCCGGGCGACCAAGAAAACGCACCAACGGCCCAUCCUUUACUCACCCCCGGUUGCGGUGGCCAAAAAGCGAAAGCUUCCACCUCCUCCACCGCAAACGAUGUCCCACGAGACGACGGCGGGAGGCCCUCUGCGUCAUCGCCAGCCAUCUCCGGCCAACAUCUUUGCCGCGAUGGACAAUCGCAGCUGCUUCGUUUGUCACAAGUCGGGAUCAACCGAUGAGCUGAGCGCGUGUAUGAACUGCUGCAACAUCUACCAUCUCAACUGCCACAAGAUCGACGAUGGUUCCGAGGCGUACCGGCAACGGGAUAACCUCUGUCCGGUGUGUCUCACAUCGGACGAUGGCGAAAAAUAGAACAAAUAAAUUGUACCCUUACCGGCACAUCGUUCCUCGUACUGACCCGUUCUUUCCUAGCGUGCUAGGUUUAGCGUAGAUUGUAUUAUGUAUAUUUGUGAAAAUAUAUAUCCCCCCGAAUAAUCGCCUAAUAAACGUUAGAUCA